AUGAUAGGCAUGAGAUGUGCCACAUUGUCUCUGGCAUUCUUCCAGCCCCUCCUCGUCUUCGGCAUCAAUGUGAGGUUAAGCAAUCAGGAGACCAGCUGUGCCAAGCUGGAGAAUCAUGAAACUUACUCCGCAGUGAAGGUUGCCAUUGGCAGCCCACCACAGAUGUUUAGCCUGGUGGCCGACACAGGCAGUAAUAGCUGCAUCGUGAAGGAUUGCCAGUGCCAGCACUGCCCUGCUGAGUGGGGUAAAUGCUUUACAGGCCCAGACCAUUCGCGCUCCUUCGUGCUUCCCACGUUCAAGUCGAACGCCUCCACAGGGCACUUGCAGGGCCAAAAGGGGCCGGCCUCGAUGAUCAUGAGCUUUGGCAGUGGAGAAAUCGCGGCACAGAUCGCCUCCGACGAGGAGAAAUUUACCUCGAUGUCGGUGGGGCAUCGACUGGACCAUUUCGCCAAAUGGAUCACUCAACAUGGGAUGACACGGCCCUCGAUCCUCAUGAAGUUCCACAUCGUCAUGCUGCUCACCAACUACUCGUGCUACGCUCUGCUGAUGCUUUUGGUGCCAGCUUCUCCGAGUCUUUCCAAGGAGGACUAUCGGAUGCUGCUUUUCGUGAAGCUGGUGGUAUGGCAGCAUCUGGCAGAAGGGCUUGGAUGUCGCCAGGGCCCACUGAUGGGCCUCAGCUUUCCCAACAACUUCUUGUAUCGACUCUCCAGGGGGACCUUGAAGCACUCGCUCCUUCCAGCACUGGGUGGCCACCGCCGGAAUGGCAUGGACCGCCUCGUGCACGCGAUCUUCUUCCUUUCGGGCCUGGGCUUUCUCCUCAGCACGUGGUACAAUGUAGCGCUUCUUUGGCUCUUGAUGCUUUGCGAUGUCUAUCUCUUUGUCUUCGACAUGACCCAGUUCUACGCGAGCAGCGGUCAUGCCUACGGCAGCAUGCUGCUCUCUGCCUGUUUCCCCCUGCACAGGGGACGUAUGGCAGGGAUCCAACUGGGAUUGAUCCUGCAAUGGUUCUUCUCAGGUGUUGGAAAGAUUGGGCCCUGGUUUGAGUAUGUCAACGGGCCCUUCAUGCUGCAGUCAAGGCUGUUGCGUGGACAGAAUUGGCUGCGGCGACUCUUGAUCGAGUCAGAUGAGACGAUGAAGCCGACCCGAAGUGCUAAAGUCUUGGCGCACACCGCAGCUGCAGCGGAGUAUGUGGCACCAGUCCUCUUGAUGAUUCCGAAUGACUUGGCCAUUUGGACGGGCUUUUGGUUGCUUGUGGCCAUGCAUAUCUACAUUUUGCUGAUGCCCGCGCCCUUUGACGUCUACUCCUGGAACCUGUGUUUUUGCCUCAACGGAAUCUAUCUCUUCUACUUGGGCCAUUUCGGCUUUGAUUUCCAAAGCCUCUCUGAGAUGAGUGGAUACCUGAUCGCGUUCUUCAUCAUGGAGCUGCUGGUAUGCUGCUACGGCAACAUUUGGCCCGACCAGGUCGGCUACUACCUGAGCCACCGCUACUGGGCGGGCAACUGGGUCCAGUCCUUCUUCUUUGUCAAGAAGACGCAAAGGGUGAAGGACAAGUUGGAGAUUGUUGGACAGUCGAAAGGCAUUGGGAAUCCCUUGUUCUUGGAGGAAGCGCCCUAUUUGCAGGUCUGCUUGGGAUACCUGAGCUUCGCCUACUUGUGGUUGGCCACCUUCAACAUGAAAUGUAUUGCACGCCUCAUCGAGGACUUCUUGCAGGUCAGUGGGACGAAGAGUGUGGAUGAGUGGCAGAUGUUGAAGCUCACGGGUUGGCUCUGCGGAGAGUUCCGCGAUGAGUUGUAUGCUGAGAAGGUUUUGCCCAUCAUUCAAGAGGAGUGCAAGUUCGAUGAAGGUGAGGCAUAUUUGAUCCGCGUGGGCGCCUUCGGGAUGUUUGGGCACACCGCCACCUGGAGGAUCUACGACUUGCGGAAAGGAGUGGUGCGAGAAGGUACCAUGAGUGUGCAGAUGAUGCGGAGUAUUGAUGGAAAGCCUACUGAUGCCUGUGAGCUCAUGAUGGCGUGA